GCCAUUCCGCUGGAUUUGGAUUCUCAACUAAACUGAGCGCGAGGAAAUGACAAAAGUUACUGAGGGAGAAAUUUCAGACGGCGUCGAAGAUGUCGGGAAACCUAAUCUGGAAUUCCCUGUGCUAGCCAAGGGAUUCGUCCGUCAGGACUCCAUACACGAUUUUGUAAGCAGUCACGCGGACAGGAACUUUGUAGCCCUAAGUGGUUCCAAAUCGGAUGUGGUUACCUUGGAGCUAAACAGCAAAUUCAUGGUCGUGGAUCCCUUUCCCUAUUUCGUGGCUAUUUUCGAGUCCAACGUUGAGGAGCUGCGACCCCUGGAUGCUCUGGCCAACCAGGUGAACCUGGUGGCCAUAUACGAUAGCUGCAAUGUCCUGGAGGCCCAACACUUGGCCCUGGAGCCGGGUUACACGGCCGUUUGCUCCCUUUCUGUGCCACCAGCAAGAUUGGUAACUGUCAAGAGGGCACCCAAGCUGCUGGCCAAUGGAAAUCUUCUGCUGGCCUCCCUCAACACCUACGGGUCCUUGAGCCUAAUGAGCAAACCGGCCGAGUACAACCGCUGGAGUCGGCUGGAGGAGCUCAAUAUCGCCGUGGUGCUGAGGGACACUUUACUGCCCGAAAUGGAGAUUGCCAAGAUAACGAACUUUAGGCAAUAUCAGGCAUUCAUUAAUCGCGCCUGGAUCACUAUGUUCACUUGGUUGCCGCAUGAAUCAGAGGCCAAUGGUCCACAGGUUUUGAUCCUAGGAACCGCCUCCGGUAGUUUGUGGUUGCUCACCCUGAGCCCCGACGUAAAAACCAUUCUGAGUCACCAACAAACGCAGACCUCCCUUGGUCGCAUUUGCUAUAUACACGCUUUCGAGGGUCUCCUGCUAGUGGGCGACAUCAACGGACUCAUCCAUCUGUACCAAUUCUCAGCACAGGAAACUACCGGCCUUAUCCUGACAAAGACUUUGUGGGAGAAAGCAGACCGCUUGGGCUUGCAAAUGGCAGUCAUUACCCAAUGUCCCGCCAAGGAUUGCUACUACAUAACCUGCUGCAAGGCGGCGCAUCUGCUGACCUGGUGUAUGCCAAGAUCGGAGGAGAAGGAGUGCCUGGAAGCACGACUCUAUGUGGGCGGCGUGAAGAUCACCGGACUCUGCAGCCUGGACGACACUAGCUAUGCGGCUGGAACCGCCACUACCCAAUUGCAACACAUUCAAAUUAUCCACGAGAACAACCAGCUCAGCCUAAAGAUGCAAUCGAUAGCCAUGUAUGGGCUGCAGGACUUCCAGUUAAUGGGUCUCUGUACCAGUGGAAACAAGAACCUAAUGACCAUGUUUCUCUACCGCAACAAGGAGUAUAUGUGCCAAACUGUGUCUCAAAAAAAGCAGUGUGUAAUGCAAAUACUCAAGGUCGGGAAACAGGAUGCACUUGCUCAGCUUAGCAGCAGGCUGGAAAUCGAUAAACCCAUUAACAACUGCAUCGAUUUAUUGGCGGAACUCCGUCUUCACGUAUUUGCCGAAGAAAAUUGGCAAAAAUACAUUGACUAUGGACCGUUGGAUUCCUUUCAAUUUACGGAGACUGCCACGGAAAUUCAGUUGCAGCAGUUGCAACUCAAAUUCCAUGUCCUUCAAUCUGUUCUCCGCCUGCAAUCGAGCCUCCUCCAGUUGACGGUUCAUAUCAAGAAUACCCAGGAUGAAAUGCAGUUGCUUGUGGCGAUGCUACUCAUCACACACAUAAGACUAAGACUCCAGUUUAUUGGUUCACUAAGUCAAAGAACCCCAUUCCAGGAGGUUGUGAUAAAGUGCAUGUUUGAGGAGGCCCAACGACUGGUAAACAAACUAAAGGUUGACUUUACGGAGGAGCAUGUUUUGGGGGCCACCACAAAGGCUUUUGUUGACCAAAUCGGUAUACACCUGCAGUUUUUGCAUGAAAAGCUGGGAAAUCCUGUAAUAACUGAUCCUACGGAGAAGCAAGUUUUGCGCUGCACAGUGUCCUUUGUGGAGAUUUCCCCCAGCCUGGAUCGACGCUACUGCAGUCUCUGCGAACGUACAAUCCUGUUCGAGCUGGAGAGUCUGCAGGAACUCUACGAACUGGGCAGGAAUCUCACAUGCCCCGUGUGCCAUGGAAGCUUCGCCGUGGAAAUGUUACAUGCAUAAACGUUAAAUUUAUUCUCAACCUUAA